AUGGCUUCAAAUGGAGUAGCAGAGCAAGAUAUUGAUCAAAGAGAAACACCUAUUCGACUUACAGUACAUUUUGAUGAUAGUGUUCAUAGAGAUGACCAUCGAUCAUCAUUGAUAUCUCUCAAUAAUGACAACAGUAAUGCUUUGUCCAACUCAAUUCAAUUAAAGCAACGAGUGAAUACUCGUCGAAAGUCUGGUAUACUUAAACGUCGAGAAAAUACUCUAACAGCAUCUGAUGCACCACAUAUAAUUUUGUCCGAUGAAGGUCUUACAACUGGUCGAGUAUCACCUUUUCUAAAUUUUUCUUUAUUUCUCAGUAUGACUAUUCGUUCAAUUGGUGUUAUAUUUGGUGAUAUUGGUACAUCUCCUUUAUAUGUUGUUAAAACAAUAUUUGAUUCUCCCCCAGAAGAAAACGCAGUAAUUGGUGUUAUAUCAUUAAUCGUAUGGAGUUUAAUCGUUGUUGUUUCAUUAAAAUAUACAAUAUUUAUAUUAAUGGCAGAUAAUCGAGGUGAAGGUGGUUCACUUGCGUUAUGUAGCUUAUUGACUGGUCAAACAAGUCGUCUUCAUUAUCGUAUUAAACGAUUUGUUAGUAUUAUAUCUAUUCUUGCUGCUUGUUUAUUAAUUGGUGAUGGUGCUUUAACUCCAGCUGUAACUAUUCUAUCAGCCUUUGAAGGUUUAGCUGUUGCUAAACCAUCACUUGAACCAUGGAUUCUACGAAUGUCUGUUAUUAUAAUAAUAUUAUUAUUUUUACUUCAAAGAUGGGGUUCAUCUCGUAUUGGAAUUGUUUUUGGACCAAUUAUGAUAUUAUGGUUUAUUCUAUUAGCAAUCAUUGGUAUAUGGCGUAUUACAUAUAAACCUGUUAUAUUAAAAGCAUUUAAUCCAUGGGAAGCAAUGCAUUAUCUAAUUCAAUCGAAAAAACAUGCUUUCUAUCAAAUUGGUUCAAUUUUUUUAUCAGUUACUGGUUUAGAAGCAUUUUAUGCUGAUUUGGGAUAUUUUGGACGAUGGCCUGUUAGAUUUUCAUGGUUUAUCUUAGUUUUUCCAUCUGUUUUACUUAACUAUUUAGGACAAGGCGCACUUAUCAUUUCUCAUCCAACGUUUAUUGAUAAUCCGUUUUACCAUUCAGUACCAAAUUGGGCAUUGUGGCCUGUUCUUGUAUAUUCCGUUAUAUCAUCAACAAUAGCUUCACAAGCUAUUAUAACUGGUUCAUUUUCUUUAGUUUCUCAAGCUGUUGCUUUAGGCUUUUGUGUUCCAUUUACUGUAAUUCAUACAUCUCGUUCAAUAAUCAGUCAUAUUUAUGUUCCAGCUGCAAAUUACUUUCUUUUAGCUCUUACUCUUGCAGUAACAAUUGGUUUUCAAACAAGUAAUCGUAUAACCGAUGCCUAUGGAGUAACAGUAUGUAGUGUUAUGGUUAUAACAACAAUUCUUUAUAUGAUGGUUAUACGUUGGACUUGGUUAAAACCAAUUUGGCUUGUUUUUUUAUUUGGAAUUUUUUUAAUUAUCGAUUUAUAUACAUUGGCUGCAAUUUGUACAACAAAAAUUGCUUCAGGUGGUUGGGUUGCUAUUAUUAUUGCAUUGGUUCUUUUUAUAUUUUCAUUUAGUUGGUUUUAUGGAAAUAUUCGUCUUAAUAAUUAUUUAUCAAAAACUUAUGAAACACAUUUAAUAGAAAAUUUACCAAAUCGACUUGGACUUACAGAUAUUAAUCCACUAUUAAAUGAUGAUGAACAAACAAAUAUAAGUUCAACUAAUGACGAUGAUGAUAAUAAUAAUGAUGAUGACGAUGAUGAAAAUGAAAAAGAAAAAAAUAAAAAGAGGAUAAAAUUGUUAAAUAAUGAUAAAAAAAGUGAUUCAAUAUCAAUUGUAGAAAAUCUUCAAAAUUCUAUUUUAAGAGAAAAUAUUGAAGAAAAUAAUAUCUGUGAAAUAAAAAAUGUUAUAACUCCAGGUGUUGGUUGUUUUCUAACACAAACAAAAAAAUCUAGUCCAUAUAUAUUUGAAAAUUUUCUCAAUAAAAUGCAUGCUCAUCCACAAAUAUUAAUAUUUCUUAAAAUCGAAUACGCAAGAGUGCCUAAUGUUGAUGAUGAUCAACGUUUAAUUAUUCGAGCUUUUGGAAAAUAUAUUUAUCAUAUAACAUCAAUAUUUGGUUAUACAGAAACAAAUAUAAAUCUAUUUAAUAUUCUUCAUUUAGCACAACAACUUUAUCAUGUUCCUAUAACAAUAAAUCAAUCAGAAAUAACUUUUUUUCUUCCUUAUGAAACAAUACAUGUUAAUAAACAUGGAUGGACAAGCUGGUUAAGGCUAUUUCCAUUAUAUAUAUAUUCUAUAUUAAAACAAAUAUAUCCUGGAAUACCAUUGAAUUUUAAAUCAAUACCCAAUGAUACUAUUCAUGUUGGAAUUAUUGCUGACUGUUAA